AUGGAAGGAACAACAGAAACAAGACCCGAACUAGUAGUUCUUCACGAUGGACCACCACCUGAAGAACAACAAUUACAAUCUCUCAUGUGCAAGUGCUGUGUGUUAAAAGUCUCCAUUCAUUGUCAAGGCUGCAUGAGAAAAGUCAAAAAAGUCCUCCAAAGCAUAGAUGGUGUUUAUCAAACUACAAUUGAUUUGAAGCAACAAAAGGUUGUAGUAAUGGGAACCGUAGAUACAGAUACACUGAUUAAGAUACUCGCGCAAACCGGAAAACGAGCGGAGUUAUGGCCGGACACAGAACCAAUAAAGAAGAAAAAGAAAAAGAAGAAGAAAAAGAAGAAACCUAAACCAGAGAAUAAUCAAAACACAGAUCACAAACAAAGCGACGGAGAUAGCAGUGAAGAAGGAAACCAAACCGACGGUAACGAAAACGAAGCUGUUAAGGUCGUUGUUCAAGACACAGCACCGAGAAAUUCUGCCAAUGAAGGUUGUGGUGGAGGAGGCGGCGGCGGCGGCGGUAGUGGUGGAGGAGGAUGGCCAAGCGGUAGAGGAAGUGUACAAUUCCAAGAACUAAAGCCUGAGGUGAGACACGUUAUGAAUUUCCCAGGCGGAAAUGGUAACCAGUUACCGGUUGCGGAGAAAAGAGUUACGGUCGCGGUGGAGAACGGAGCGGGAAACGACGGUGGAUAUAUGAGGAAUAGAACUUUUUACAGAGGGCAAAAAGGGAAUAGCGAAGGUUUAAAUGUUACUUUCGAACAGCCACUUUCUGGUGAUUGGAAUCAGAAUCAGAUGCAAGGUAAUGGGCCUUAUUGUAAUGGGCCAGGCCCGGGAUCGGGCCCAGGACAUGUUUCGUUUAUGGGCCCACCUAAUGAAAGUUCUCCACGGAAUCAAUACCCAUCGCAUUAUCAUGGUCACGCACCAGCAUCUCCUACUGCGGUGUGUGGUGGAAGCAGCUUUCAUACGGGGUAUACUCCUUCGAUGAGAUACGGUGCAUCGUAUUGUACGACGUCGUCGCAACCGUAUUCGUAUACGUAUGCACAUCAAAGUAAUGAUUCUGAUCCGGAAUCUUAUGCUUAUACUACACCGUCUCGCCGGUCACAUUCAUUUGAAUUAUUUAGUGAUGAAAAUCCUAAUGCUUGUUCAGUUAUGUGA